AACUCUAAUAUACUCAAAAAGGAAAGUAGCUAGAAAUGGCGGGAUCGGGAGAAGACGUGGAUUUGCAAACUCUUGAAACUGCCGAUAAAGAGAACUCAGAAAAACCCGAGAAGUCAAAAGAGAAGGCAUCUAACCAGGAUAAUGAGAAGUUAAUGAAACUGCCACUAAGUCGGGUUAAAUCGAUCAUGAAAAGUGAUCCAGAUGUGACAUUAGCCAGUCAAGAAGCAGUGAUCGCCGUUGCCAAAGCCACGGAAUUGUUUGUGUGGGAGCUGUCGAAAGAUGCCGUUCACAGUACAAUGCAGAGCAAAAGAAAGACCCUGCAGAGGAAAGACCUCGACUCAAUUCUGGACACAAGAGACUGCUAUUUAUUUCUGGAGGGGACUUUAGAUUGAACUACGGAUAGCGAAACUACAAACUUGACUAAGAUGUACACCUAAGUGUCCCCGCCCCCCGGUACACUGGGAGUGGGAAUGUGAAUUUCAUGCUGUAUAUAUGUUCACGGACCAACCUGAGUGAACGAUUAUAACUGCUAUCAUUUGAGGAUCACAGAUCAUAUGUACAGUAUCGUUUUUGGAGCUGCAUGGAUUUAAAACCUGCAUGGAUUAAAACCUGAAUUCUAUCGAGAUAUUUCUGUGCUGUAGGGUCUAUGAAAUAAACAACGACAUAUUUAAUAUAACUAUGUUCUUCCUAUAAUGCAAUGAAUGUCAAAUAUUGAU